AUGGAAUCCGACUAAAGUCUUUGAUAUUACCUGUUUUAUACCUAGGAUGAAAAACAAAUAAAUCAUCGUUUCUUUUGUGGAUUGACGACAAAGAGACGACAAGGCAUAGAAUUGGAGGAAUUAAAUCUGUUAAUAUUUUUUUGGGUGCAAAUUAAAGAUGGGAUCAUCAUCAGUAAUAACCCCAGAAGAUGUGUUGGAGUCAUUGAUGAAUGAUGGAACCAUUGAUGCUCUCAGGUUGAAGAUUAUCAAUCAGCUUAAAGCCAAUGAGGAGCUGAAGAAUACGACAAUCAAAAUGGCAGAGCAGAGUAAGGUCCUAAACACCGCUGGUGCGGAGAAACAGACGAAAAGAGAAUUGUUUGAUGCACUUAGGCAGGAACUUGAAAUCCCAGUUCUUGAGAGGGCCUCAAAAUCAGUUUGGGAGUUGAUUCUGGACAGUGGUGGGCUGGGGAAGGAAAUAAGUGAAACAGUGGAAAGAGUGUUCUGUAAAUUAAGUGGCAGGGAGCUUCCAUUGUUUCCUUAUUCAAAUGAUGAACGUGAGCCUGAAAGGGAAGUGGAGGAGGAGAAAAGAAAAGGGGAAGACAAGGAAAAGGUGAAUUCAAACUCCAAACCAAAGAAACGAAGUUUCAGAGACAUGAAUGCUGAGAGAAGUGCCAGUGAAUAAAAUGUUUUAAUUUCAGUUGUAUAAAUAGAACAACAAUCUCUAAGCAUUUCGAUCAAUAUUUUUUAUUUAUAAUCAUGGAUAUUAAUUAUAUCUGGGUGUAACAUUCUCAUGUUCACUCGUACAUGAUAAAUUAAACUGCCUUUGAUACUAAUCCCCUACUUAAUUUACAUAUUUGUUAGAAAAUGGCAGCUGAACUUGUGAAUUUGAUUGAACGUAAGUAACCUUACCAUUGACACAAAAAUUGAGAUGUUGAUGGCUUGGACAAAUUUCUUUAAAAUUAGAACAUCUUCUUCGGAAGUUCUGAUCAUGGGGCAAGGGGAGUGCCCUGCUGGCUUAGCCAUGCUUUAAUUUGUUUCAUGAUGUCUAAAAGAAAUUAAGUACUAUUGUUCAUUAAUUUCAUUUUUCUUUCAAACAUCUUGGUCCUGUGGGAUCUUGGAGUAAAAAUAAAAGGGUGAAGAGAGAGAGAGAGAGAGAGAGAGAGAGAGAGAGAGAGAG